AUCCACGAAACCUCCGCGAAAGGGUGUGCGUUUUGAAGGUUGUACGGAGCUAUAACACCGCUGCGGACGAGACGAGUCGCCACUUGGCUCUGACAGCCCGCAACAAGCCUCUGAAGCCCGGGGCGGAGGAGGAGGCGACGACACCACCCCUCCAGCCGUCAUCCUUCCCUCUCUCAGCUCCGCAAGGUCUCGCGCUGGAAGAUGCCGCAUUCACGGACGUUCAUAUGAAAAAGUUAAAUAAAACACACACGGGGGCAAAAAUGCGAUGUGACGGCACCGUGGCUUCUCUUCAAGGUCAGCAUCUGAUGAGCACAGUUGUGUCGGGCGGUCGGAGGGGAAGACGAGGCUCCGUGGAGGGGAUGCCGCUGUGUGUCGCUUUGCCUCCAGCAUCAACAAUGACAUCUUUCACGGACGUUGACACGGAAACUUGUGAAGCACCGCUGUAAGCAACAACUAGGUUGCUUCCCCUCCUUUUUUUUUCUUUUUCUUUUCUUUUCUUUUUUUUUUACAGCUUUGUUAUCUGCGUUGCUGAUUAAAAGAAGAAGAAGAAACUCCCCAGCAUCUCGGCGUUUCCUGCUUUCCGGCCCUGCGUUCACCUGUGCUACGAGGAGUCGAGCUAGCUAACUUCCACCGACACCAAUGGCCGUUUGGUUCGGGUUAAGCUAAGCCGAACCGACCGGUAGAGUCACUUGGUUCACUCGAGAAGUUGCACCCAACUUCCUUGUACUUGCUUCGUGUUGACAACGGACAACUUAUCCCCCCCCUUUUCUACUACAACAUGCCUUCGAGGACGGGCUCCCACAGCCCGGCCGGCUUCGGGAGGAGUGCACCGGAGCGCGGGCUGCUCCUGCUGACGGUGCUGGUGCUCCUGGAGGGCUCCGUGCUGCCCCUCGGAGCCGCCAGCUCUCCGGAUAUCAGCCACCACGCAAAUUCGGACAAGCACCAAGUGGCGGACGUGGGACACAACGCCACUAAGAAGCCUUUUCCCGUGCUGGCAGUCGAGUACGACCGCGUACAGAUCCCCUUUGAGAUUUCGUUAUGGGUGCUCCUCGCAUCGCUGAUGAAGUUAGGGUUCCAUCUGAUUCCUCGUCUGUCCAGCAUCGUGCCAGAGAGCUGCCUGUUGAUUGUGGUGGGCCUGCUGGUGGGAGGCCUCAUCAAACUAGCUGGAGAGGAGGUCCCACCAGUGCUGGACUCUCGAUUGUUCUUCCUCUGCCUGCUGCCCCCCAUCAUCCUGGAUGCUGGCUAUUUCCUGCCCAUCCGCCCCUUCAUGGAGAACCUGGGCACGAUCCUGAUGUUUGCUGUUGUGGGCACUCUGUGGAAUGCCUUCUUCAUCGGGGGCGUGCUGUAUGGCGUCGCUCAGAUUCAGCCGGCCAACCCGUCAGACCUCCACCAACUAGAUCUUCUGCCUUGCCUGCUGUUCGGCUCGAUCAUCUCAGCUGUGGAUCCUGUUGCUGUGCUCGCUGUGUUCGAGGAGAUCCAUAUCAAUGAGCUGCUCCACAUCCUGGUGUUUGGCGAAUCACUGCUCAAUGAUGCCGUAACUGUGGUACUGUACCACCUUUUUGAGGAGUAUGCAGGCGUCGGCACAGUGACCGUGUUGGACGGCUUGCUGGGAGUCAUCUCCUUCCUUGUAGUUGCAUUGGGUGGUGUUCUGGUGGGAGCCAUCUAUGGGAUCCUGGCUGCCUUCACCUCGCGCUUCACUUCGCACACGCGUGUCAUCGAGCCACUGUUUGUCUUUGUGUACAGCUACAUGGCCUACCUGUCGGCUGAGAUAUUCCACCUCUCCGGCAUCAUGGCGUUAAUAGCAUGUGGAGCGGUGAUGCGACCCUACGUGGAGGCGAACAUAUCUCACAAGUCGCACACCACCAUCAAGUACUUCCUGAAGAUGUGGAGCAGCGUCAGUGAGACACUAAUCUUCAUCUUUCUGGGCGUGGCCACGGUGGACGGACCUCACGCCUGGAACUGGACCUUCGUCACCGUCACGGUCAUUCUGUGUCUGGUUGCACGAGUCAUAGGUGUGGUUGGUCUGACCUACGUAAUCAACAAGUUCCGCAUUGUCAAGCUGACGACCAAGGAUCAGUUCAUUAUAGCCUACGGUGGCCUGCGGGGUGCCAUUGCCUUCUCCCUUGGCUUCCUGCUGAACCAGGACCACUUUCCCAUGAGAAAGAUGUUCCUCACUGCCAUCAUCACCGUUAUCUUCUUCACUGUCUUUGUUCAGGGCAUGACCAUCAAACCCUUGGUGGAGCUGCUGGCAGUGAAGAAGAAACAAGAGGCCAAGCGCUCAAUUAAUGAGGAGAUCCACACCCAGUUCCUUGACCACUUACUCACUGGAAUAGAAGAUAUCUGUGGACACUACGGACAUCACCACUGGAAGGACAAACUGAACCGCUUCAACAAGAAGUAUGUGAAGAAGUGCCUGAUUGCAGGCGAACGCUCCAAGGAGCCGCAGCUCAUCGCUUUCUACCACAAGAUGGAGAUGAAACAGGCCAUUGAGCUGGUGGAGAGUGGAGGGGGAGUCAAGCUUCCUUCUGCCGUGCCUUCCACCGUUUCCAUGCAGAACAUUCAGCCCAAGAAGCCUCCACCUGUCAAGGCAGCAGAGAGGGCGCUGCCUCAGCUGCCCAAAGGCCGAGAGGAGGAGAUCAGGAAAAUCCUCAGGAGCAACCUUCAAAGGACACGACAGAGGCUGCGCUCCUACAACAGACACACUCUGGUGGCAGAUCCUUACGAAGAUGGAUUCGGUGACUUGCUUUUAAAGAAGCAAAAGAUGAUCGAGCUGGAGAAGAAGAUAAAAGAGAUGAAUAACUACCUAACGGUGCCUGCUGCUCCCCCUGACUCCCCGACCAUGUGCAGAGCCAGACUGGCAUCAGGCAGAGAUACUGAUUUCAAACCUGCUCAGAGGCAAAAAGGAAACAAAAACGGUUCAGACCCCCAAGCCUACAGCGUGAAGCCGACGUCCGACCGCGUGCCGACCAUCCAGGUCGACCUGGCUUCUCCUCAGUCUCCAGACUCUGUGAACCUGUUGGAUGAGUUCAGACGGGCUGAGCAGCCGCGGGGAGAGGCGGGGCCGGAUCAGGGCCUGAUGAUGAAGCCUGCUUCGGCGCAAAGUGGACCUAACAAGUCGCGUGAGGACGACGAAUCCAGGGACCAGCAGCAGAAGUUAAUGAGGUGCCUGAGCGACCCCGGUCCCAGCGCGGACGAGGACGAGGACGAGCCCUUCCUGCCCUAAGGCGGCAGACUGGAUGUGGGGGGGUCAGGCUGCAUGCCCGCCUUUUACUGGCUAAAGGGGAGAGGGCUUGUUCGCUGCUCCGCUCUAAAUUAUAUCUUUUGGUUCCGAAACCAAACCAGCCAAAACUGCUAAUGCUGUAUGAACCCGAAACAAAAAGCAAAAGGAGAUUGCCGGAGAAGGAAAAACAAAAAAAAACACACAGAGCCAUUAGUUUGUUGUCAUUGCUCUUUGUUUCUUUAGACAGGAGUGGAACAGCAACCGCUAACUGAGAGACGGUGGCGUUGGUGUUUGAUAGUCACAGACAUUCAGGAAAGAACUAUGCAUUACCAAAGGUUUGGACUGUUUUAGUAUCAGACAAUGUUGUUUUCACUUUAGUGUCGAUCGUUCUUCCUUUAUAGCACAGUUGUUGAUUUUACGUCGUGUUUUUACGACUCUUUUUGUCUUCGAAGCCACAUUCUCCGAGACAUGCUGGCCCUAUAGUCCUAAAUGUAAUCAACAAAUCUAUUUCAGUCCAGUUGUCACGUUCAGACAUCGCACUUGAGUUCGUUUUGUUAUUCCACCACUUGAAAUUGCUGGAUAUCCAAACAUUUAGAUUGUAGCUAUUUUUAAAUAUUUGGCCUUAUUUGAUGUCAAACUUGUUCACUUGGUGCAUUUGUAUGUAUGUGUCUUUUUUUUAAAAGCAACACAUUUUAAUUUCACUAACAUCUGUUUGUGAUCUGACUUUGCUCCAGUGUUUGUGGGAUGUAGGGGAAAGCUGGAUGUGUUUAGUCACUGUGCAAAAGAGCCACGCUCGUUUCCAAUCAGACCUGUGGCCUUGUUCUUUGGCUGUGGAGAGAGUUAUGCGGACUUGAAAAAUUCCUCGCUUGUUGUGGGAGGCGCAAGGAUGGAAGAAAGCCGAGCGUUGGGGAAGCUGGUUAGGCUGGAAGUGAUGCAGCGCAGAUGUUUCUGAUCAGCCGUCAUAGUUGUUCCCCAUCCAAGUUGAAUCACAUGUUGUCAUGUCGCUCUUCUCUGUAGAUGUUUUACCUCAGUUUAGAAAACCCUUUAAAGUCACUGUUGUUAAGGUGGAGUCGUUAAAGUAGACAAAGUGCCCAUCAGCCGUCACUUUCAUACCCAUUUUAGACACACUUAAUAUAACAGAUCUAAAUACUGCACAUUUGCAUGACGUUUUUGUUUCACUGGCAUUUAGAGGAAACACUCGUGGCCUACAUUACUGUUAUCACAGGACACGACGAGUGAAGGUUAGUUUGUACAUCCACGCCUCCUAACCUUCUUUAAAAUCUAAGACUGUAGGCAUGUCAUGGCAAAAAACGUGUAACUCUAUGCAGCAUAGACGUGUAAAAUAUGUAGAUGAAUUAUAAUAUCCUAUAUUUAUGAGCACCCUUUAAAAGUCUUUUAAAGUCAAACUCUUUUUAAGGCUAAUCUCACCGCUAAAGGCGAAGCUAAAAUCAAACACGGGCAGUCGUUUAAAAACACUUCACUGGAGGUUUUUAGCAUAUCGGAGCAGGUACAAAAAUGUCUCCAGUGUUGUCUAAUCACUCUCUGCUGUCCUGUAUAUGGUUGUAUGAUGGCCUGUGUAAAAUGCUUUGCACAUCUUUAUUUUUUUGCUCAUUGAAUUGGAAUAUGACAUUUAUUUAAGUUCUUAACGUGCCCAUUCACAUUCAUUUAAACAUCUUAAUAAAAGCACUGUGUUAUUUGUUCAGCAUGCGCCACAGCCAACAACAACUAGAUAUUAAACCUACAGGUAUUCUUUCACUCGAGGCGUGCAACGCUUCAACUUCAUCACAGAACACGAGCAGUUUCCCGGCCGUUCAAAGAGCUCGCCGCAAAUUUCGGCGGCUUUGAAACCCAGUCUGACUGAAGUAGCUCGAGUGAGUCACUGUUCCAGUUUUCUGGCUGUUUUCUAGGUGUUAGUGACGAUUGAAUCCUUCCUGAUCCUCUUACAUCCAAAAGGCUCACGUUACAGCUGAAGGAGGGGGAAAGAGCAGAAGCACCCGACAAGCUCGUUGGUUUGCUCCACUUGCUGGGGCUACUGUAGCGAGGGUUUUACAGGAUAUUUUGUCUGUGCACACAUGUGAUCGUGUAAAUCAGUGUGAACAUGUGUGUUUGGUUCUUUUUUUUUUUUGCCACAACACUAUUCCAGACAUAGUCAAAGACAAAAGGGACGUUUGAAAUCCCUGAACUGUUGAGCCAAAUGACUGACGGAACACUUCCCCCCCUCCUCCAUCCUCAAGUCCUGUUCUUAUCGAUACUAGCAGGACAUUAAUAUUUAAACAUGGCAUUGAUUUUCUGGGAUUCUGAAGUGAUGUAUAAGAAGCCCUGAGAACUGUCUCUCUCUACAUCUGUGCUGUUGCUUCCCAGAUGCUUUACGAUGUGGUAACUUGAAGGCAGUUGGUUUAACUCUUAACCCUUUAGCUGCUCUGAUCAGUAGGUUGGAGAACAUUUCUAAAGGUACUCCUUCUUGUGAACAUGUGUGAAUGCAAAGUGGGUUAUCUCUGAGAAUGUGCAUAUUUUUUUAUGUCUAAAUGAUAACGUGGGUUAGCAUCGCUUGGGGAUGUGAUGAAACCAAAAGCUCCACAUUUAGAUUUGUCCCCAUAUCUCUUAUUACGUUAUUCCAAAGACCUACAUUUCUCAAAAAAGAAAAACACUAUUUUCAUACUUUUUUCUUUUUCAUACCAAAUGCAUCUUUUGGGCAAACAUUGUCACACUCCUUGGAGGGUAAUGUUUGGUGCAAGAAACCUUAAUCUGAAGCCAUACAGCCUACAGAAGAACCUAUUUUAUCGUGUAAGAUAUGUUGUCUUGUACGCGUCAUUGUUGCUUUACGCACAAAACAAACAAAAAAUCGUUAAGUCGUCUGUCUUCGCUUGUUUUCCAAAUGAAUGCUUUCUGUUCUCUGUUUUAAAAUCAUCACACUGGAUGCUUUUUUUUCUACAAAAAGUGACUUCCUUUAAAUUUGUUGUUUUCAUUGAAUGUGUCGGACUAAAUUACAAAGUUGCCUCACCAGCAUUCGCUUCAAGCUUUUAUGUUUUUUAAGAGACUCCAUGUGCUUGUUGUUUAACUGCUUUAUUGUUAACAAAAGAAAAAAAAAACAGCUGUUUUUAUUCGCCUUAUGUGAUAUCAAGUGCUGUGCUUUUAUUGUCGAGCGUUGUGUUGCUCUGUGCAGACGGCCGUACUGUCAGUUUUCUUUCCAUCUCGUGUUUACUCGUAACAGCACUCCAGAGGCAUUCGUCACACAAACUUUAAACAGCCGAGUUCAGUCUCUGCCUCGCAAAGCAGACGCAGGAUUUGCUGUUAUAAACUACAAGCUCCGACUCAGUGCUGGUAAAGUUAAAUCAUCUGCGCUGGACGAAGUCAGGUGGACGCAUCGAUUCCACUCAUGAUAUCCAGACAAACAUUCGCUGUCAUUCUUUACAACAUCUCUGCAGAUUUAGGAGGUCAACAUAUAAUCAGAGCAUCUCAAAGUAAAAUUAUACGCUUGAUGACGGUCUUACGACACACUUCCAAGAUGAACCGUAAGCACCAGUUUGGUCACCACAUGAUUUGUACUACGUGGGCCAAAACAUGCAAAAACACGGGUUUGUUCCUUUAAGUACUGUAACGGUUGACCAUCCUUUGGCGGAUGAACAGAGGCUGCCAAUUAUAUAAGACAGGUAUCACCGCUGUGACGCACGCUCCUCGCAUGUCAUCGGCAUAAUGACCCUGCAGUGUCAUUGUUCCACCACACAAAGACUGUUUUCCUCCCGUGUUUUUACCUCAUCCGUCUCCAAUUUUACCCGAUCCGACUCCCGUUGUACGCCCGCCAUUUCACACCACACGAGCACUUUAACGAAACAGUACCUUUAUAUCAAAAACAUCGAUGUUAAGAGACAGCAAUAAAUGGCUUUAAUGUAGUUGUGCAUGGCUAUCAGGCGACACAACAGGGAAAAGGAAUGUACUCAACGGUGGGCCUUAUAACCAGGGACGGCUUUGGUGUUGAGAUUAAAGAUCUGUGUGAAUGUCAUGCUAUUCCUUGAUGACAGAGUGGAUUAUAUUUCCCUUUUAUUCAUGUUUUUUGUUGAUCUUCAUGUGUCUGUUGAACUUAUGUGUUUCAAAUUUUGCAAUGAUUAAAGAUUUUUUUAUUUUAUAUACACGUGAAUGGGAAUAUAUCUAUAUAUAUUAAAAAAAGAAAACAAUAAAUGUAUUAGAAAUUUAUUAUAAGAUGUACAAAUCAGAAUCUGAAAGAUUUAAAGUGUGCACUUUCCUGUUGAUUAAUCUUUAGCUUUCAGCAUUCCAUUGUAAUGACCAGUUAAACUAACAACCAGUAAAGAAACUACGUCUGAAACUAUAUACUAGAUUAAAGUUUUACUUUAUAACACAAA